AGCCGAGCUCAGGAAUAUUGGCAUAGAAAGGGCAUUUAAACAUUGUUUCGUCAGCGAGUGGACAGGUGAACGACAUUCAAAGAUCACAAGCUUUUUACCAGACAGCCAUUUGAUCGCAGCCCUAAUCAAGGAAAAAAUGGCGUUGAAAAUCCAUGCUCCGCGCAGAAUGCUGUUUAUGGUGUUCUUGGCGAUGCUAUUUUACGCGGAUCAAGCCGUGGACCCAGGUGUUGUUAUCAAAACUAAGCUAGGCUCCCUUCAGGGGCUAACUCAGGUAAUUCCUAACGCCCACGGGUCUGCAACAGCCAUCCAUAAAUUUUUGGGAAUUCCCUACGCUGCACCGCCAAUUGAUAAGCUACGGUUUGCGCCACCUCAACCGCACCCGGGAUGGAAAGGCGUCCGCCAAGCGACACAAUUUAGAAGCAUCUGUAUGCAGAUGAUACAACAUUACAAUGUUUCUAUCCGACAGGCUUGGGAAGGAUUCGCGGAGGCUGAAGAAAACAUUAGCGAGGAUUGCCUGUAUCUUAAUAUCUACACACCCCAAAAUGCUUCUAGAUUUCAUCAGCGUUAUCCAGUGCUCGCCUACAUUCACGGCGGAGGGUUUUUUGCUGGGACACCCGUGCGAGUCGUGUCACCUGGGGAAUAUUUACCUACUCGUGGCAUUAUUCUUGUCAGUAUUCAAUAUCGCCUGGGCCCUUUUGGUUUUUUCACAACUGGCGAUUCCAUUGCACCAGGAAAUUAUGGAAUGUUGGAUCAAGUUGAAGCACUGAGAUGGAUCCAGGGGAACAUUGAAGCCUUUGGUGGCGAUCCUUCUAAAGUGACGCUUCUUGGCGAGAGUGCAGGAGGUGCUAGUGUUAAUCUACACCUUCUUUCGACUCUGUCAAAGGGUCUUUUUCAUCGAGUUAUAAGCGAGAGCGGAAGCGAUCUAUCUCCAUUUGCCUUUCACGCAGAAUCAGAUGUUACUCAGUCUUCGAUGAGGCUUGCUAAGGAAUUAGGCUGUAUUAAGAACAAGAACCAAAUGUUAGCGUGUCUCCGCUCGAAAUCAGCGCAAGAUAUCUUGAAAAAGGCGCACAAGUUUUUGUUUUAUUAUCCUGUAGUUGACAAACACUUCCUGGAAGAUUCUCCAAUAAACCUCAGGAGGGCUGGAAAAUUUCAAAAAGUACCAACCAUUGCUGGGUUCGUGAGCGAUGAAGGUUCAUUCUUACUGGACAAGUCUUUAUCAAAAUACGAUAAAAAGAUUUUCAGAGAAAGCAUUGAAGCCCAAAUAAUUGUUGGAUUGGGGCCUUCUCAAGACCAUAAACCACUUAUAGUUGACGCUGUCGAAUUUCAGUACACUCACUGGCCAGGACAAAACAAUUCAAGUAAGAUACGCCAAAGUAUUAUCGAUGCACUGACUGACUACUUCGUUGUGGCACCGACAUAUGCAAGCCUUCUCUUCCAAAGCCAGGAAUCUCAUACAUGGCUCUAUGAGUUUCGGCAUCGCUCUGAUCACAGCCUCAAAGAAGGCUGGGAAGGAGUAGCUCAUGGUGACAUCACAGCUUAUGUGUUUGGAGUUCCGCUGAUGAAUGGAUCCUCGCCACACCCUUACACUGAGGUCGACAGAAACAUCAGUGAUUUCAUGGUAACAGUCUACACAAAUUUUGUCAAGUUUGGCAAUACGACACCGCAACCCGUUCAUGGGAUCAAAUGGAAUAAUUUUCUGCCAAAUGACCAAAAGUAUCUCCGCAUCGAAGCCAACUGUGAGAUGUCAAAAGAUUUCAAGCCUCUAAAAGUUGCAUUUUGGAAUGAUUACCUGCCCUUACUCUCAAACUCUUUGAAAGAGAAACUCAGUAAAUGCUCAGGCUCGGAUGUGAAUGCAACGAGAAGUCACAGCUGCUAUUUACACAAAGUUUCCCGCUGGAAGUUAAGUCUCACACUGUUUUGGAUAAAUAUCAGUGUUUUAGUUUCAGUAAACUUCUUCUAAAAUCGACAGUUAGCUCAACGCUAACCAAAUGGAUUUUCUCUAGCAUCCAAAAACUGAAAAGUAGAGAAAUUGGAGGCUAAAAUGUGUUCUUUUGCUGCCUUAGGUGAAAUCGUCGGCGGACGUGAUUCAAGUCACAACCCACAAUUAAGAAUUUCUGCAGCCGCUUAAGCCAAUUUCUCAAUUUUUUUUCAUCACGUAAAUUAAUAAUCAGCAUGUAACAAUUUUCGCGGUUUUCAUCGAAUUUUUUGUUUUAAAUAGGGUAAUUUGUUGGGUAGGAAUUUCUUUGCAAUGUAAAUUUUUGGCGUAGGAUACAGCUCAGUAUAAAGACCAAAAACGAGAGCAUUUCUUUGCAGCGGUUAAAGGGAAGUUCUCCGGCCGGGGCAUGCAGGAAUAAUUGAGAGUUCCAUUACCGACAUCACGCUUGAAAACAAAUAUCCCGGUUACUUAAUGGAAAUUUAUUAAGCACCUGUCCCGGUAAAGCAAAACACUCUGAGGUAAAAAGACACGAAUAUGCGUCAAAAAGAUGAUGAAAAUUGCCGUGUCACUGAGCAAAACUUCGUGAGUGAAAAGGCUUAAGUCAUAAAAAUCGAUGAGGUACAUGCAGGAAAAGAAUGUCUUGAUAAGUAAAUGUUUCAAUACUUUAACAUAGAAUGCAGACAGAUCGUAAGAGCAAAAUAUAUAACGAAUCCAAUUCAUUGCCAUCCAGUUAAACUCCGUGAUCAAAAAAGGAUGGUAUCAUAUCUCACUUUUGUACUACACCUGAUUUUUUAGAGUUUGUAAACGAUCAUUUGCAAGCGUAAUUGCAGAGGUUUUUGUGUAGGAAAUGAAAUUAUUUGGCGUUAGAGAAAAGAAACGAAAACUGAAAUAUAAGGCUAGUAGCUUUUUAGCGAGGGAUACAAGUUCUCAAAUAACUGAAGGUUAAAUGCAUUGAAGAAGAAAGUUUUGAUAAGUUUAGAAGGGGAAAGUAGUGAUCUAUUAUUGAAUUUAUUCUAGUCCUUAGUCCAGUAGUCCAGACCAAGUUUAUUUUACAGAAGAAACAGGCUUUUCAAAAGUUAACAUAACAGAAAUAAAGUGCUGUACUUUUCCUUCCAGAUUAUUCUGCAAAGAGCCUUUCAUUUAGCGUAAACUACUAAAUGCGAAACAUAUAGAGAUACUUCAUAAGUAUUUAAACGAGAUCUUGUUUGUAAGGUCUUCUUUUACAUUCAGUAAUUUCUUAAACGUCCAUUCAUUUUCGUUGUUUUUGCACAACGUAUAAGCAAACGUGAAGUGUAAAUAUUUGCAAACAAUGUUCGCUGGUUACACUUGAAAAUAUCAAUUAUACAAAACACUCUGGGAAGAUA